UGUAAAAACACAACUCUGCGUUUUAUUUAACUUGACGUUUCACAGCGAAAAAUCCGCAUUUGUGGUUACGAAGUUUGAGAAAAUAUAGAAAGCAGUAUGUUCGCUGGAAGGAUUAGCUUAAAUAUAGGUAGAAGUACAUUAAAACUUAUGUCAUGUCGUUCACAAUCAACAAUACUAAAUGUAUCUCCCGAGUUAAAAGAGGAACAACAUGGACCAAAAGAUAUCAGUACAUUUGAACAAGAGUUUUUAAAACAUCCAGAUUACUUUCAAGUUCACAAUAUGUUUACUGUAAGUGAUUUGUUUAAUGCCCGCGUUCAUUACGGCCAUAAAAUUGGUUCACUAGACGAACGUAUGCGGCCAUACGUGUAUGGAUCACGUUUAGGUCACAUAAUAUUUGAUUUAGACAAAACUGCCUCAAAUUUAAGAGAUGCACUCAAUUUCGUAGCACAUAUUGCUUUUCGUGAUGGUAUUAUUUUGUUUUUAAAUCGUAAUGCGUUAAAUGGGCAUUUAGUGGAGAAAAAAGCUAUGGAAGCAGGAGAAUUUUCACACACCAGAUUUUGGCGUGGUGGUAUCUUUACAAAUGCCAAUAUACAAUUUGGUGCUGUCACACGGUUGCCUGACCUUUGUAUAUUUCUUAAUAUACAAAACAAUGUUUUAACACAGCAUGUUGCGGUACGAGAUGCAGCCAAAAUGGCAAUUCCUACAGUUGGCAUAGUUGAUAGUAAUUGCAAUCCAAAUCUGAUUACUUAUCCAGUACCGGGUAAUGAUGACUCGCCUGCAGCAAUUGAAUUAUAUUGUAAUUUGUUUAAGGAAGCAAUAUUACGUGGUAAAAACAAAAGACGAGAAUUAUUUGGAGAGUCUGAAAAUAUCACUAAAGUAUAGAAAUCGCCAAUGAGUAAACGCAGCUUUAGACAAUUAAUAAAAGAUAAUUACUGGAUUACAAAUGUACUCUGCAUAUAUGUACUUGUGAUAAGGACCUUCCAUAUAAACAUUUACUAACUGAAUCAUAAUACAAAAGGCAAGUGUCAAUUAUUCAAUUCAAUAUACUAAUAAGUAGUCAAUGGAUUACUAUAUUGACAACAGACAACCAGUUUCCACUCAUUUCUUCUAUUUGGAACACAAAUGGAUGGUCACCUAUUUGAGCUAUAACAACCGUAACAGUAUUUUUAAUAAAAAUAGUCGCAUUGAUGGAAUUUGACUUUAAAUAAACAUUCCUGGUGCAAUAAGUUUAAUUAUAAGU